AUGCAACCACCAAUCCUUCUUUGAUUUUGGCUGCUACCAAAAAGUCUACUUAUAAUGAAUUAAUUGAUUCUGCUAUAGAAUAUGCGAAGAAGAAAGAAGGCAUCAUUCCAGGUCGUGUUUCUACUGAAGUAGAUGCUAAACUUUCGUUCAAUACUGAGGCGACAAUCAACAAAGCUAGACGUCUUAUCAAACUUUAUGAAGAAGUUGGUAUUGAUAAGUCUCGCGUAUUGAUCAAGGUUGCUUCAACUUGGGAAGGAAUUAAAGCUGCUGAGAGACUCGAAAAAGAAGGGAUUCAUUCGGGCGUAACUCUAAUCUCCCCCUUCGUUGGCCGAAUUCUUGACUGGUACAAAAAAAAUACCGGUCAAACUUAUGAUGCCAAAAGUGAUCCUGGUGUGAAAUCUGUCACUAGAAUCUAUAAAUAUUAUAAACAACAUGGAUAUAAAACUAUUGUAAUGGGCGCAAGUUUUCGUAACACUGGUGAAAUUGAAGAAUUAGCCGUUACUUAUGACGAAAAUUCAUUUAGGUGGGACCUCAACGAAGAUGCAAUGGCCACUGAAAAACUUUCUGAAGGCAUUAGAAAGUUCGCCCAAGAUAAUCAGGCUUUAAAGAAUGAAUUAAGAAAACAUUUUGUCUAG